AUGUACAUACAUGAUAAUUAUAUUACAGUCCUAUCCAUUUCCCCUGUCUUGGCAAAUGAUGUUCACUUGACGUACAUAGAGGAUGACGUCACUCUAAUCACAGGAGUAUCUCCAAAAGUUGGCUCCAACGUCAAUUUCGGAAUUUACUCACAUUGGUGUCUAGGAAAUAUCAACAAAUGCUCGAGUGGUAUAACUAUCUCUUUCUUUCUCAAACCGAGGCCAGCAAAUGAAACCUCAUCGGAGGUUGUCGUUAUAACAUCUGGGGGACAUUCGUACCUUUCUGAAGGGUUUUACCUGAAGCAAAGAUACGGCGAUCAGUAUGAAUUUGGGAUUUCUAAAUCGGAAAAAGUAUGGAAACAGAGUUUCCGACUUCUCCCAAAUCUGUGGAGCAACAUCUUCGCCUCCUGGAACGACAGUGCAGGGUUGCAGAUCUACGUAGACAAACAUCUUCUGAAAAAGGAUGUACCCGAAAAGAGAGAAUACGAAGGAGACAGUUUCGACCCCUUUUCCGAGAUUGUUAUCGGACAGAAUACAGAGGGAAACGCCAUUGUAGACCAAGACUUGUUUGAUGUCCAGGAUAUUGUCAUUUAUGAUUCCGCGAAAACCAUUGAGGAUUACCCUAUAGAUGAUAACAGUUAUUACCUAGGAUGUCGACUACAAACAACAGAUGAGGGUUCAUAUCUAGAUUUGUCAGCAUCUAAAACUGCAGUUAACGACUGCAGGGCACAUUGCGAAAGUCCUGUUAUAGAAAUAAGCCCAACUAAAAAGUGCAGAUGCUUGAGUCUUGGUGUUUUAGAGUUGGCUGUCACAGACGAACGAUGUACUUCCGGGUCAGAGGUCGGUAAACUAUAUUCCGUGUCGGGAUGGACAACAAAGCACGACUAUCGCAUGUCGGUUACAGUAGAACCACUUCAUAAUCGUUCAUAUACCAAACCAUUUGAAACUGUUCGCAUUGAAAUUGAAACAAACUUUCAAAUUUUACAAAAUUUUCAAGUUCAAUUUGGAGAUGGUGUAAGAUUAAACACAAAACAAAAGGUUUUAAGUCAUUUUUGGAAUUCUCAAGGUGUUUUCAAUAUCAGUGUUUCCGCAUCCAUUGGUAAAAUAUCGUUGACAGAAAAUAUAUCCUUUGAGGUGAAAAAUGUGGAUGAAGGAAUACCUCCAGAAAUGACAGUUGUAUCGGCGACUCAUUCGAAAUCUCAAUUAUCAGCUGAAUAUGAACUAUUAGUAUUCGAUAAUUACGACACAAAAUGUACAUUGUCAUUCGGAGACGAAAAUUACUUCAGUAGACAACCCCAACAUGGUUACCUUUCCGCAACACAUGUAAACCAUACGUAUACCUAUUAUGGGCAAUACCUCAUCAAUUUCAACUGCUCAAAUAACUACGGAGAAACAACAAAUUCGACUGCAUUUAUUUCCGAGUUAUUUGACAUUCCAUUUUUAUACCACAACAGAGAAGACUCUUUUUUGUUCAGAAUACACGGUCAGAAAAAGUACCUGGAGACUCUUACUGUUCUUCGCAAUCAAGAACAAAGACUGGAAUCCACAGUUGAGACAAUUGGAAUUCUGGUUAAAUCCUCAGAUUUAUUACCAUACGAAAACCUAAUCACCAUUAAAAGUGGAGACAGGACCCUUAUUAAUCGUAUCUUCUAUGUACAACAUCUAGUAGAAGAGGCAACAAUAACACCAGUAAAAAGAAAUAAUGCCUGGCAUCUUACAACGAAUAUAACUGUUCAAAUCCCUGCCGGAUUGGAAACAUUUAUAAAUUGUUCCUUUGGUGUUGGUGAAAACUUUAUGUUUUACGUUGCUCAAUCAGAACAAUCACUUGGGAUGAUGUUUGAAGUGGAGUAUCCUUCUCUCGGAUACUAUCCUCUCAUUGUGGACUUGUCCAAUGACAUUAGUGUAUCGCGCGCCGAAGACCUGAUAUCGGUCGAGGUUCCUAUAGUAUCCAUGAAACUGACCACAAGUCAAUUAAUAGACAAAACUCUCCCAGUGGUAUUAAAUGUGGAUCUGAAUGAUAAAAUGUUAGGGCCAGAUAAAGUAGAUUUCAUAAUUCGACACGAUGACGGAUAUACUGAUGACAUCAGCUACAGAAGUCCGACACAGAGUUUCACAACUUUUCAAAAUAAACAUAUAUAUGAACACUGGGGGAUAUACACGAUCUGUGUAACAGCAAAAAAUCAAAUAAGCGAGGUCUUCCAGUGUGUUGUAGUCCAAGUUGGACAGAAUCUUACGCAUGUAGACUUACAGACUUCCACAUAUGGUCGUGUUUUCAUGAAUACCUAUGCAAAAGUUAACAUCACUAGUUAUACUGGAUCCGAUGUUACAUACGAAGUAGAUUUUGGUGAUGAAAAAUUUACAUUUACAGAUCGUCAAUUGGAAAAUGGAACUGUUACAGGAGGGGGAAGUGAUUCAAAUACAAAUGAUAAAAGUUUAGAAUCAAACAGUACAUUGACAAAUGCAACAUCUCUGGAAGAUUCCAAAAACAGCACAGAUAUUUUAGGAAGGGUCGUCACUGCGAUUAUUGAUGUCAUUUCUACAACUAUGUCAACACCAUCUAAAUCACUGACAGAAGGAACAACACCGACCCCUACAAAAAGUCCUAUUCGCAAGAAAAAGUUUGUAGAGUCACCAAAAUUCUUUGCUGUUCGAGGUUCAGAUGAGGUCAUAACUGUUGGUCACUUAUAUUCAAAAAGCGGAAGAUAUCGUGUGAAAGUAAAAGUGAUGAAUGCUUUCUCCACGGUAAAGGCGGAACUUUGUCAAAGAAUAAUAGUUGAUGACGUGGACGAUAAGAACUGUGAAAAGCCAAAAAUAGAUUUUGCAAACAUCCAGUCUACCUUUGCACGUCCCAUACAAAGAAUUCGCUCUGAAGAAUUCAACAUUACAGUUACGUCAGAAUCCUCUUGCGUAUCGAGUGGCCAGUUCACGUAUUCUUGGAAAGCUGAGAAAUUCAACAAAGGAAAAAAGGAACCAAUCAAGGAAGUUUGUUCUAUGGAAUCUACCGACAAUGUUUUGGUUAUUCCGGCAGUAUAUUUAUCUUAUGGUCUCUAUCGACUAACAGUCUCUGUGGCGCCAAUCGGUCAUAGUCUCAGAGUAGCAGAAAAGUCUGUAUUCCUUUCUAUUGAAGCUUCAAAUCCCUACGCCGAAAUAGCUGGAGAAAAAGAAACCGAUUUCCUUAUAUACGCCAAUGCUGUUUUUGAUUUGAAUCCUUCUCGUGAUCCAGAUUUGGUUACAAACAACACAGCUGGGUUAGAGUAUGAUCUACUCUGCAUAGCAAGCGACGACUUUAAAGAGGCAAAUGGUCUUCCAUUCCAGCAGAUAGAAUCACGAUCGACAAUGAUUUACCAAGAUAUAAUUUUCAAAGAGACUACAACCAAUCCUAUAAGGCUGUACGAUUAUAAGGACUGCUUUAUAAAUGUUGAAAAUAUGACAAAUUCCAUUUCAGUCUUUGAUGGACGCUUGUCUUUUCCAGCAAUAUAUUUCGCUUCAGAGGAGUUUGUAUUCAAAUUGUUUGUUUCAAAAGAAGGUCGAAUGAAUACUACGACGCAAAGAGUGAAGAUCAAAUUGACCAACUCCACGGACAUUUCUGGCCAGUUAAAAGCCAUGGAAAGCAUCAAGGACGCUGGUAGUUUACUGAGGGCUGUUGCCGUAGUGUCUGGAGAGUUUCUGUCUGGCGGGGGUAAUGACACCAGUGACGACAAAGAAGAAGAAUUGACAGAGGUCCGUGCAUUUAUGACAAAUUUGAUCGAUAAAUUGGCUGAUAAGGCAGAGAAUCUUGACCAGUGCAAAGGAAUGGCAAGUGCAGUGGCUGAUCUAACGUCAAAUCCUGACCAGACCAGUUCUACCGCUAGGGCGUCUGGAGGCAGUGCUGUCAAUAAAAGUAUGAGUACGAUGAAAGGCAAAUUUGGAAACGCCAAUUAUGAUGCUGUAAAAGAUGCCUCAGCAAGCGCUGUAUCCGGAAUGAGCAAUUUGUUACCAGUGGAAGAUAAAGCGGAAGUAGCAGCAAAGAAUCGUAGAAAGAAGCGAGAAGCAUCUCAGAAUCCCUCACCACUCAUAGGAGACGGCAACACUCAAGAACUCGACUCAUAUGACCUUAUAAUGAAGGAAGAAGACGCAAAUCUUCAUCGAUUCUUUGACGAUUUGUAUGAAUUCGUGUUCAUAUUCAAAAAGGCCUUCCGGCGAGCCGUUAAAAAUUUCUUUGAAAUAAUGUGGAUCAACAAGGAAGCAACUUUGACCGACGCAGAGAAGUUUUUUCGGAAUGUUAUAAUCGAAUGGGAACCAUUUGACGUCGAGAAAUAUUUGCUAAAGUAUUGUAGACAUGAAAAAUCCGAACUUGAUAAAGAAAAAUUACGGGCAGAUAAAGAUGUUGCAACUGCUAGCACUGGAGCUGUUGAUUCUAUAUCGGGACUUUUGCUGAAUAAGAUGGAAGCAUCCAGAAGACGUAGACGAAGAAGAUCGCUUCCAGGAAAUGGAACACAAGAGGAAGCGGAAAUAGAGGGAGAGGACAACCUCGAACAAGAAUGUGCAAUAAAUGCCCCAGGAAUGGGACUUGGUUUAAAAAACAUAGAUCCUGAUAAACCAGGCCCAGCACAAAUGUCCUCAAGUUUUGGAAGUUUUGAGAUACCAGAAGGAGUUAUACCAAAGUCAGCAGAUGGCGAGGGAGUUGGCACUACUCUCGUCACCACCAAGAAUAAUCCAAAGACCUGGGGCUCUAACUCCAAUGGAAUUCAAUCUUCUGUCCUAUCCCUAGAUCUGUCCGGAAGUGGCGGAGGAAGUAAAAUGAAAGUAAACAACACGAAGGCACCGAUGAGACUUAUGAUUCAGGGCAAAGCGGAAGAUGUGCCAGAGCCAAGCCAAUGGAUGUUGUGCGUUCCAAGGGGUGUUUCUCCGUUAGAUGCAACUCAGUGGAAUAAUCAUCCCAUACCAAUUACCGAGAAUGACACAGCACUUCACUUCCUGUUGUGGCCUGAUAAUAAAGGAGACAGAUUCAAUGUCUAUUUUAAGCACGAAAAUCCACCAAAUGCUACUCAUUAUGACUUCAAGACUUCAAUGCCUCACGAUCCCAGCGAUUUCCCGGGUGUUAAAGAUCCGCAAGUGUUAAAUCAACUGAUUCAUACAUUCUACCCUCCACAAAAUAUGACAAAAUUGAAUGGUUCCUACUGGGUUAGCAUUGGCAUCGCAAAAACUGACGUCGAUUUUGGAAACAGUGAGACGUGUUUGAACUACUCAACACAAAGUUUUGUGCCGAGUUGUAAAUUCUGGGAUGAAGAAACAGAGACAUGGAAAGGAGAUGGCUGCAAGGUUGGUAAUGGUACCACAAAGUGGAAUACCGAAUGCUUGUGUACACAUCUGACUUCUUUUGGUGGAGAUUUUGCAGUACCUCCCAACACGAUUGACUUUUCCAAUGUCUGGGCCAAAUUUGCCAAUUUGAACGAGAAUGCUGCUGUUUUCUCCACUGUCGUAGCCCUUAUUGGUGUUUACAUUAUUUUGCUGAUCUGGUCCCGGUAUAUGGAUAAGAGGGAUAUUAUAAAGUGGGGCGCAACACCAUUAGAAGAUAAUCUUCCUUCGGAUAAUUAUCACUACCAGAUGACAGUGCAGACAGGAGUUCGUAAAAACGCAUCUACAACAUCCAAAGUCAGCUUCAUAGUCUCAGGGGAGAAUGGCGAUAGUGGUGUAAGAAGGUUAUAUGAUGGUCAUAGAAAGGAACUAGAGAGUGGAAGUAUUCUUAACUAUAUCUGUAGUGUUGAGAGGCCUCUUGGGCCUCUAACUUUCAUGAGGAUCUGGCACGACAACAGUGGCAAAGGGAAAAAGAAAAGUUGGUUUCUGGAUCAAGUUCAGAUAACAGAUCUUCAGACUGGUGACAGAUACAUAUUCCUGUGUGACAGAUGGCUAGCGUUGGAGCAGGAUGACGGAAUGGUAGACAGGAUCCUUCCUGUGGCGGGUUUGGAAGAUCUAGUGGCGUUCAAACAACUCUUCAACACUAAUGUCCGCAAAAAACUCUCCAAUGAACAUCUUUGGUUUUCUGUCUUCUCCAGACCCACGAAAAGCAGUUUCACACGCGCACAACGUAUUUCCUGUUGCAUGUCACUCCUGUUCAUGACGAUGAUUACAAAUGCUAUGUGGUUCAAAUCUGAUGAUAAUGCCAAACAAUCACAAGCUCUUAAAGUUGGCCCAUUGUCAUUUACUGUUCAGCAGUUCUUUGUGAGUUUUGCCAGUACAAUGCUAGUGUUUCCUGUGAACUUCAUCCUUAUCACAUUCUUUAAAAAAUGUCGUCCAAAACAAAAUGCCGUGAUAGGCAGGCAUCAACAACAACCCAAGCGUGGUAAAUGGAAAAACGUCACAAACGGGUCACAAAUCUGGGGCAAUGCGGCAAUGCCUAGUCGCUGGAAGAGAUUCAAGGAUUACAUUUCAGAUCUCGUGAAUUUCAAGCAAAAGGCUAAAUAUGGAGCAGAAGAUGAUGAUCCAGACGAGGAUGAAGCACCCAAAACACGAAUUGUUGGUGUCCCAGAAGAUGAAAAGGAGAAAAAGAAGAAGAAAAAGAAGCCUGGAACUCUUCCACAUUGGUGUCUCUAUAUUGCUUGGGUUUUGUGUUUCCUAAGUAUCACCACGGCUGGAUUCUUCACCAUCCUCUACAGUUUAGAAUGGGGCAAAGAGAAGGCAAACGAGUGGCUUACAACCUUCCUUUUGUCAUUCUUCCAAUCUGUUAUAGUUGUUCAACCAAUAAAGGUUAUGUUUCUCGUGGCUUUUAUAGCCUGUAUAUUAAAGAAGCCUGCAUUAGAUGAAGAGGACACAAAUGAAGAUUUGAACAACGUGAUAGCAGCCCACGACGAGGAAUUCAUCGGAAAAGACAAUGGGACAAUAGAAGAAAUUGCAGCAAAGCGAAAAGAGGCAAACGCAGAAUUUCAGCCUCCAGACCCCGCCACGCUAGAGGAGGCGAGACAACAACGGCUUCUGGAAAUUAAAAUGGAAGAAGUUUUGAAGGAAUUGACUGCUUAUAUAUUUUUUGUUAUUAUUCUAUUCUUUUUGUCUUACCAGCAAAGGGACUCGGCCUCUUUCACGUAUGCAACGAAUCUCAAAAACACAUUUACCCACAAUUUUGAAUCGAUUUCUACAGUUGAUCAGUAUUGGGUUUGGCUUGAAACCAAAUUCAUUCCCUCCCUGUAUGCUACUCAUUACCACAACGGAACCAGAAUUAGGCGCUGGUGGGAGAAGAGGUGUAUCAAAGACAUGACAUCAAGGCGUGUCGGUAUUCCUCGCCUACGUCAGCUCCGCGUUAAACCUGACACAUGCAAAGUCAAUAAAUACAUGCGUACCUUGAUACACCAUUGUCGAGAUGAGUAUGGAUGGACGGACGACGACGCCAAAGUUUACCUUCCAGGAUGGAUAAAGCCCGAUCCCGACAAUAUUACAGAACUUGUCAAACCUAAAAAUCCUGGACCAUGGGUAUAUCAAAGCUCUGUAAAACUAGCCAAUGCACCGUACAUGGCUACCAUGUCAACAUACAAAGGUGGAGGUUAUGUGUAUAUGUUUGAGAGAAACGUAGAAAGGACCAAAAGCAAACUUAAUGAAUUGAAAAAUCUCAUUUGGAUGGAUGCUCAUACAAGAGCAAUUUUUGUAGAAUUCACCGUAUACAACCCAAACAUUAACUUGUUUGGUUCCAUGAUAAUGGUGAUCGAGUUCUUGUCCUCUGGUGGAGCUGUAGCUAGAUUGGAGUGUAAGGUGUUCCGCCUGUUAAGUUACGUUGGAGGUCUGGGCAUAAUGGUUCUCAUUGCAGAGGUCAUUUAUGCUAUCUUCAGUUUGUAUUUCUUCAUACGUUGUAUCAGAAAAGUGAAGAAACAGAAGAUGAAAUAUUUUAAGGAAUUUUGGAACAAGCUGGAGUUUGCUUUACUCUGCUUCUGCAUCGCUGUCAUUGCUAUGUAUGCAUUGAAACAAAUACUCACCACGUUGGCCAUGAAGGCAUUACAAGAUCCAGAAAAGGCGGACUAUGUGAAUUUCCAGUCUUUAGCUCUUUAUGAUGAAAUGUACGGAUUUAUGUGUGGUUUUGUGGUAUUCUUAGCCACAGUCCAAUUCCUGAAACUCUUACAAUUCAAUAAGAAGAUGGGGAUGUUGGGCGAGACAGUCCAGUAUGCUACGAAAGACCUCAAAGUAUUCAGCAUCGCUUUCUUACUUUAUUUCUGGACAUUCACGGCAACAGGUUUCCUCCUCUUCAGCAACGCAAUGAUCUCAUACAGCAAUGUAGUAGGCGCAGCAGAGUCCAUGUUCGCGUUCACAUUGGGCAGCUUUGAUUUUGUUGCUAUGCAAAACGCACAACCUGUGCUGGGUCCCAUAUUUUUCUUCAUGUUUAUUCUUGUUGUGUACGUGGGCUUGAUGAGUAUAUUUUUGACCAUAAUUGCCGAUGCAUUCUCGACUGUUAAGGAAAAUAUGGAAGGGAAGCAAAAUGAGUAUGAGUUCAUCGACUACUUUACCAAGAGGUUUAAACAAGUUAUGGGGUUUGCUUAGAAGUCACAGGUACUGCGCAUGAUUCAAACAGUCAGGUUUUUUAUUUCAAGAGGCUCUUUACAGAUGGAUCUUUGUUUUUGAUUUUUAAAGCAAACAAGUCUCUAAAAUGGUUGAAAUGUCUCAAUCUUUGUUUAAAAAAUUGAAAAUAUAAAAAAAAACCAAUUUGAUUUUUUUUCCAGUUAUAGCAUGAUAAAUAAAUCUUUUAAUUCAAACCUUCCAUGAUUAUAUUAGCCAGAUGCUGGAAAGUGUAUUUUGCGUAUUACUGAUGCACUUUUGGUUUGUCAUUUCCUCCGUUUGAAUUACAAAAACAAUGUUCAAGUCUGUUUAAAGCCUCCUUUAAUUUUUAUAGCGAAACUAUUUUGUUUGCAGAAACUUAGACGACCGGCAUAUUUGCUGAUGAAACUGGCCAACGAUAUUAGUAUUAUAAUAGCUCUAUUUAUACAUUUGUUACUUUUGUUAAUUUAUUGAACUGUCAUAUUGUUGUUGUUGUAAUUAAUGCCUGGAACUUCAAAUAAAAAUUAAGUGUAUCACCUGCA